GGUCAGAGUGAAAGUACAUCUGCAGUAACACAUCUGGAAGAUCAGGCGUUAAACGGGCCCGGUGAGGUGAUCCGAGGACGGAGAACAACUGCUGAUAACCGGAUCAAUACUUAAAAGUUUAUUUCACUCCUGAUCUUUGUCUUUUAACUCAGAGAGGUGAAGAUGAAGGUGUGUGUGUGAGCUGAUGUGGACGUGAAUUCAGCAGAAUGGACCAGUGUGAGGACGGAGAGGAGGGAGUCCCUCCCUCUAAAACCUCUCUGUGUGGGGAACAUGAGAGUCGGAGCAAAGCUCAGAGGAAUCAACCUGGACCUGGACCUGGACCUGGACCUGGAUCUGGAUCUGGACCUGGACCUGGACCUGGACCUGGACCUGGACCUGGACCUGGACCUGGACCUGGACCCAGCUGUGUGUCCUUGAAGAGCGACAAGUCAAUGGACGAUGUUAUUAACUUCAAAGGAGAGCAACGUUCGGCCGUAAAGAGGGUCCAUCAGAAAGGAGACUCUCUUGAACAUGAACCCAGCUGUUUGUCCUUGAAGAGCGACCGGUCAAGGGACUGGUUUAUUAACUUUAAAGGAGACCAACAGUCAUCUACAGAAAGAGUGGACCAGCAGAUCUCAGAGUCCCCCAGUGGUCCGUCUGUCCAGCAGCAUCAGACACAGCUGGACUCCAUCUUUCAGCUGCUGGAGGACAACAUUGUCCUGUUUGUGAAGAACGAGCUGAAGAAGAUCCAGAGGGGUCUGAGUCCAGAUUACCCAGAAUCCCUAGAGCAUCUGUUGGAGGGUGAGGAUGAAGAGCAGAGGAGCAGCAGAGAGGCGUUUGUGAAGAUCACAGUGAACUUCCUGAGGAGAAUGAAGCAGGAGGAGCUGGCUGAGCGUCUGCAGAGCAAUGUUUCUGCUGCAGGUUGUAGAAAGCGGCUGAAGUCUAAGCUGAAGAAGAAGUGCCAGUGUGUGUUUGAGGGGAUUGUUAAAGCAGGAAACCCAACCCUUCUGGAGCAGAUCUACACAGAGCUCUACAUCACAGAGGGAGGGACUGGAGAGGUCAACGAUGAACAUGAAGUCAGACAGAUUGAAGCAGCUUCCAGGAAACCAGACAGAGCAGAAACAACCAUCAGACAGGAAGACAUCUUUAAACUCCCACCUGGAAGAGAUGAACCAAUCAGAACAGUGAUGACGAAGGGAGUGGCCGGCAUCGGGAAAACAGUCCUAACACAGAAGUUCACUCUGGACUGGGCUGAAGGCAGAACCAACCAGGACAUCCAGUUCCUGCUUCCAUUCACCUUCAGAGAGCUGAAUGUGCUGAAAGAGAGAAAGUUCAGCUUGGUGGAACUUGUUCAUCACUUCUUCACUGAAACCAGAGAAAUGUGCAGCUUUGAAGAAUUCCAGGUCGUGUUCAUCUUUGACGGUCUGGAUGAGAGUCGACUUCCUCUGGACUUCCACAACAAUGAGGUCCUGACUGAUGUUACAGAGUCCACCUCAGUGGACGUGCUGCUGACAAACCUCAUCAGGGGGAACCUGCUUCCUUCUGCUCGUCUCUGGAUCACCACACGACCCGCAGCAGCCAAUCAGAUCCCUCCUGAGUGUGUUUCCAUGGUGACAGAGGUCAGAGGGUUCACUGACCCACAGAAGGAAGAAUACUUCAGGAAGAGGUUCAGGAACAAGAAGCAGACCAGCAGGAUCAUCUCCCACAUCAAGAGAUCACGGAGCCUCCACAUCAUGUGCCACAUCCCAGUGUUCUGCUGGAUCACUGCUACGGUCCUGGAGAACGUCCUGGAGAAAGUCCUGGAAAUCAGAGAGGGAGGGAAGCUGCCCAAGACCCUGACUGAGAUGUACAUCCACUUCCUGGUGGUCCAAGCCAAACUGAAGAGGGUCAAGUAUGAUGGAGGAGCUGAGACAGAUCCACACUGGAGUCCAGAGACCAGGAAGAUGGUGGAGUCUCUGGGAAAACUGGCUUUUGAGCAGCUGCAGAAAGGAAACCUGAUCUUCUAUGAACCAGACCUGAGAGAGUGUGGCAUCGAUGUCAGAGAGGCUUCAGUGUACUCAGGAGUGUUCACCCAGAUCUUUAGAGAGGAGAGCAGCCUGUACCAGGACCAGGUCUUCUGCUUCAUCCAUCUGAGUGUCCAGGAGUUUCUGGCUGCUCUUCAUGUCCAUCAGACCUUCAUUAAGUCUGGAGUCAACCUGCUGGAGGAACAAAGAAACACCUCCAGGUGGUUUAAAACCAGAGCCGUGACUGACCUCCAUCAGAGUGCUGUGGACAAGGCCUUACAGAGUCCUAACGGACACCUGGACUUGUUCCUCCGCUUUCUCCUGGGUUUUUCACUGGAGACCAAUCAGACUCUCCUACGAGGUCUGUUGGAACUAAAAAAAAGAAGUUCACAGAACAAUCAGGAAACAGUUAAAUACAUCAAGAAGAAGAUCAGUGAGGAUCUGUCUGCAGAGAGAAGCAUCAACCUGUUCCACUGUCUGAAUGAACUGAAUGAUGGUUCUCUGGUGGAGGAGGUCCAACAGUACCUGAGGUCUGGACGUCUCUCCACAGAUAAACUGUCUCCUGCUCAGUGGUCGGCGCUGGGCUUCAUCUUACUGUCAUCAGAAGAUCUGGACGUGUUUGACCUGAAGAAGUUCUCAGCUUCAGAGGAGGUUCUACAGAGGCUGCUGCCGGUGGUCAAAGCCUCCAAGAAAGUUGUGUUGAGUGACUGUAACCUCUCAGGGAACAUCUGUGCACUUCUGUCCUCAGUUCUCAGCUCUCAGUCCUCCAGUCUGACAGAACUGGACCUGAGUAACAACCACCUGCAGGAUUCAGGACUGAAGCAGCUGUGUCCUGGACUGGAGAGUCCACACUGUCACCUGGAGUCUCUCAGGUUGAGUGGCUGUAACCUCUCAGAGGACAUCUGUCCACUUCUGUCCUCAGUUCUCAGCUCUCAGUCCUCCAGUCUGACAGAACUGGACCUGAGUAACAACCACCUGCAGGAUUCAGGACUGAAGAAGCUGUGUCCUGGACUGGAGAGUCCACACUGUCACCUGGAGUCUCUCAGGCUGUCAGGCUGUCUGAUCUCAGAGGAAGGAAGUGCUUCCCUGGUCUCAGCUCUGAGCUCCAACCCCUCCCACCUGAGAGAGCUGGACCUGAGAUACAACCAUCCAGGAGAGUCAGCAGGGAAGCUUCUGUCUAGACUGGAGGAUCCCCACUGGAGACUGGACACUCUCAGGGUGGAGCCUGCUGGACAACGAUGGAUGACACCAGGUCUGAGGAAGUAUUCCUGUCAACUCACCGUCGACACAAACACAGUCCACAAACGCAUCAAACUGUCUGAUGACAACAGGAAGAUGAUGUUUGUGUGGAAGGAUCAGUCAUAUCCUGAUCAUCCAGACAGGUUUGAUUCCUGGUACCAGCUGCUGUGUAGAGAAGUUCUGACGGGUCGUUGUUACUGGGAGGUCCAGAAGAGAGGACCUGUUUCUGUAUCAGUGAGUUACAGAAGAAUCAGAAGGAAAGGAUUCUCUGGUGACUGUAGGUUUGGAGGGAACGAUCAUUCCUGGAGUCUGGAAUGUUCUGAUGAUGGUCGGUACCAUGUCUGUCACAAUAACAAAGUAACAUCUUCCUCCUCCUCUUCCUCAGUCUCUGACAGAGCAGCGGUGUACGUGGACGUUCCUGCUGGAACUCUGUCCUUCUACAGCGUCUCCUCUGACAGACUGAUCCUCCUCCACACCUUCAACACCACAUUCACUGAACCUCUCUAUCCUGGGUUCAGGUUUGGUUCUGGUUCUUCAGUGUCUCUGAGUUGAGUUCAGUCUCAAGAGUCUCCUCCUGUCAGAGAAACUGUCUCUGUUGGACAGAUAGUUGAGUCUGUACAUGUCUGUCUCUGUCUCCAUCAGAACUUGGAAACUUCUUCCUCUUCCGGUCCUUUAAAGGUGGAUACUGCCGUUAUUCCAGGAUCCACAUGUUGUUCUUCCGUCUGUUUCCAGUCAGAGCUUCACGGUGAACAGCAGCAUGUUGUUUCUCUGCAGCUCAGUUCAGCUCAGAUCAUUCAGUUCAUGUCAGCUGCAGGUAGUUUGCUGCACAUGUGACCGACUGUGACGUCAGAGAGGAAUCACUGAGCUGCAAUCAGCCCAGAUGAAGUUACAACCUGCUGUCAGAUCUGAGCACAAGGUUGCUGUGCAGCCAGAGUUCAUCCUGGUCUUUAUUCUCACCACUUCCUGUUCCAGCCAUGACAUCACUACUGGACUGUCAGGUCUCUGUCAUGGUAAAGGGUUUGUUUAUAUGUGAGCUCUCACUAAGAUGAAUAAGAUGAUCCAUCAAUUAUCUAGAACGGCUUCUUCAUGUUCAGGGUCCCGGGGGUCGGCCUUGUUGAUUUUAAAUGUACUAUAAUGAUUUUUAUGUACAUUUGUCAGUAGAAGGAGAAAUCAACAACAAUAAUGCGCUUCUAUGGUUCCUAGACUGUAGUAGAACUGGAUAAACCCUCCAUGAUCUGUACAGUCAUCUGUAACGUUGUUUUCAGCUCUCAUUUUCUCACCUAAUGAUUCAGUGAGUCAAGAAAACUGUUUGGAAAUAAGAUGUUUUUAUUGCAACCACAGAUUUUUUGGUCCAUCGUCCACUGGAUCACAUUUCUACCAAAUCUGUAUUUCUGUAGAUACCAAAUAUAAUCAUCUGUUUUCCUCCAUCAGAAGCUGUUUCAGCAUCUAGAGUGCAGACUGCAGCUCAGGGAGGGGGUUUUGUGGAUUACUGAUCAAUAUUAAAGUGUUUAUGAUGUCACCACAUGAGUGUUGGUUUUUCUUUAAGCCGCUUAGAUAAAUGUCAUUCUGGUUGCUGCCAUCUUGUCCGUACAAAUCAACCAUCAACAUCGAUGCCAACUACUGUCCAAAGAUGCAAAAGGGGAACAAGUCCUGGUGUCAGCCUCCGUACAACUUGACUAGAACAUAU